CGAGGUUGGAGUAAUAACAUGUUAAAAUACUUAAACCAUUGUCUCGAAUCUAGGUUGUGCCUUUAGAUACAAAGGACGAAUGUUUCGCUUAUCUAACACCAAACCACUUCUUCCCGGAAGUCUUGCGAUGUUGCGCCUCUGUGUUUAAAAACUCUGUGGCGAGAUCUCGGCACCAUUUUGUGAAGCCACUCAAGCCUGCGAGAGUUGUGGUGGGAAUAUUUGUAUUUUGUUGCUAGCUAGUUAACGUUAGUGAGCUAGCAAACUUGGUGUGAACUGUUAACGACUGACCAAACAUAGCUUGCUAUUUUUACAAGAGCAAUUUGCUAAAUAACGUUAAAGUGGUUUCCUAACUUUUAAACCACGAAAGUUAGCUAGCAGUCUACGGAUGUCUGGAGAUAAUAUGUCGGGCGGCGGGAGCGUGGUUCGUGGCCCAGCGGGAAACAACGACUGUCGGAUCUACGUGGGUAACCUGCCGCCUGAUAUUCGCACUAAAGACGUGGAGGAUGUGUUUUAUAAGUACGGGGCGAUCCGAGAUAUCGAUCUGAAAAACCGGAGGGGAGGACCGCCGUUCGCUUUCGUGGAAUUCGAGGACCCCAGGGAUGCUGAUGAUGCGGUGCACGGUCGUGAUGGUUAUGACUAUGAUGGUUACCGUCUCCGGGUGGAGUUCCCCCGUAGUGGGCGUGGGGGAGGGAGAGGGGGUGGUGGCGGCGGCAGGGGUGGGGGCGGCGGCGGCGAUGGAGGAGGGGCCCCAAGAGGACGAUACGGACCUCCCUCGCGGCGCUCAGAGUACAGA